AUGUCGAUCGAAGAGCGGUCGCGGCGAUUCACGCCGGAGGUUUCCGCGGCUUUUUGCAUGGCAAGGGUGUGGAGCGGUGGCCAGGGUGGCCAGUGCCCACUGAUGCCUGCAACGCAGGGCCUCUGCCUGUACCAUGCAGAGAAAGAUGAGGAGACAGGAUUGAGCCAUGGGAGAGUCGACGGCACCCAGAAAAGCAGUUGGAUCAUAUUCAAAGCUGCCAUGAAUAACAUACCUGCUGACCAAAGCCUUCGCUCCAGUUCUGGCAAAGGCACAAUCCCGGAGGCAAAGCUGCUGGAGUACGAGGCAGCAGCUGCCAAGCAAAACAAUGAUGAUCCUGCGCCAAGCCGAGCACGGGAGCGGAGCCGCAGCGGGGUCCGGGCAGAGAGCCAGGACGCAGACAAAGCGAGUACGAGUACUCCUUCGCGAUCCAAGCCCAAAGCAAAAGCCAAAGCAAAAGAGAAGGCAAGAGUAGCGGAGAAAAAACCAGAUGGGCGAGCACAGAGGACUGCUCGAACAGACCGUCCACGCUGCACUGCGCGAAUAUGGGCGGCCGGGCAAGGCGGACAGUGCCAGCUGUCCUGUGAUGAUGGGGGCAUCCUUUGUGGUCGCCACAGCACAGAGGCAAAAGUCCAUGGUCAGCCCAGCCAUGGUUUCAUCCAUGGUGAAAUUCCUGAAGCGAAGUUGAAGGACUUCAAGAAAGAGGCAGACAAACAAGGCUGGCCCAUACCCUGCCCGCAAGCUCCUCCGCCUGGACCUUCGCGCCAAACUUUUAAGCGGCCAGCAGCGCGCAAGUGA